AUGGCGUCGUCGAAUUCUUAUGUCUUUCAAGCAACAUUAAAUCACUUAGUUGCAUGGUUAAAGGACCCUUUUCACAGUUUAUGUUCGAUUCUUUUACGGUCCAAUAACUGUUCAGGUCAGAGGCUCCGUAAAGCAUUAAAAUUGAUGUUUCAAGCUGUCAGCAUCAUGAAAUACUACUCACCAUCAAGUGCCAGUAAAACGUUGAUUAUUUUUAGUUAA